AUGAAGGUCCUUUUCCUCAUCAUAGCACUAAGCCUGUUCUCUAUUCUCCAAGCUGAGGAGUCAUCCCCUUCUAAAGAACGAUUUGAGGGUACAUACUUUAUAAAGGCCAUGGUGACAGACAAUGAAUUUCAUGGGAAGAAGAAGCCUAAGGAGGUAACAGUUGUGACAGUCACUCACCUUAGUGAUGGUGAUCUGGAGGCCAAUUUUACCUCCAACAAGAAUGGAAUAUGUGGGAUUAAAUUGAAAUUAGAGAAAACAAACAAGCCUGGGCUCAUCUCCACAGAUGAGGGCAAACGCCAGGUACUCAUACAAAAGACAUCUGUGAAAGAUCACUGGAUUCUCCUCUGUGAAACCGAGUUAUCUGACAAGCGAAUAAAAAGGGUCAAACUUCUGGGUCCAGAUGCAGAAGAGAACCCACAAGGCUUUGAGGAGUAUAAGAAGUUUGUCAGCCUUAAAGGAUUUAAUGAAACAAAGAUCAGCAUACCCACACAAGCUGAAACUUGCACCCCUGAACAUGAUUAA